AUGGACCCAUGCGAAGAGGGCCGCGCGACAGAGACGAGGCACGCCGAGGCCGCGGAUUCGAUCGCGUAUCGCGCGCCACGCGGCAUUAGGAUGCAGUGAUCGGGGGAGGGUGGUGGUGGUGUGGUGCGAGGUCAGGCGAGAGGAAGUCCGCGAGAGUGGACGACGACGAUGCAUCCGCCGGUGGCGGCGGCGGUGGCGGCGGCGGCGGCGGCGGCGGCGGCGGUGGCGGUGGUGGUGGUGGUGGUGGCGGUGGCGCCGGUUACGGCGGGGCGGGCCGCAGGAGCGCGUUCAUCAGGCUCCGCGACCGGUCCAGCCCGACGCAAAGUGUCCCUACGAGACCUACCAGGCGCAAAUCCCGGACUGCUGCGCGGCCGCGGUAGCGGCGCAAGAUCCGUAUCCACGGCCGCCCAGCGGCUACGACACCAGGUGUUACGACGAGUGCCAUCGCAGAACACCGUACCAGGAGGAGCCUUAUACUCAGGAUGUAUCCUCGACAUUCCAUCGGUCCCAGUCUAGAUUGGGCUACGAGGAACGUCCUCAGUCCCGGGUGGGUUACGCCUCGGAUUCCAGGUGCGCCAGCGGGCUCGGGUACGACGACACCGGUGGAGGUUACCUGGAUCAGAGUGACCCGAGAAUGUAUUGCACCGGCGGCUAUUGCAUGGGAGAUACGAUGAUGGCGACGAGCAGAGGCGUAUGCGGCGAAGAGGUUGAACUCGACAUGCGGAGGCACAUUCAGGCAUGCGCCUGCACAUGCAACCACAUGGGCUACGGGAAUUACAUGGACUAUCAGACCACGUGCCUAACAGAACUGCCAGACGUGGCGCCUUGCAACGGCACCGUGCGACUACCGCCGCCGUGCGAGGACUCGCCUAGCAGCGGCAGCAGCAAGGAUCGCAGAGACGAGAGUCCUCGCAGGAGGUGUCGGCUGUUGGCGCCUGUUUUACUCCUAGUGGCCGUCCUGCUCCUCGGAGGCCUCUGUUUGCCGUUUCUAUUACAAUCCGCGCCUGCCACGCACCAGCAGAGGCUGGACGUGAUCAGGAGGAUCCUCACUGAAGUGCCUCUGAUCGACGGGCACAACGAUUUGCCCUGGAACGUCAGAAAGUUCGUACACAAUCAACUUGGCGAAGUCAACCUGAGCAGCGAUCUCGGCAGGGUCGACCCUUGGGCCAGAUCAGACUGGAGUCACACGGACAUCCCUAGAUUACGCGCUGGCCUCGUCGGUGCACAGUUUUGGUCCGCCUAUGUUCCUUGCGGAGCCGCUCAGUUAAAUGCAGUUCAACUUUCAUUGGAACAGAUCGACGUGAUUCGUCGACUCGCCGAAAUGAAUGCUCAACACUUAACCCUGGUUACCUCCGUCAAAGGUCUCAUCGAGGCGCAUAGAGAAGGCAAGAUCGCAAGUCUAAUCGGAGUGGAAGGUGGUCAUUCCCUGGGGAAUUCCUUGGGUGUCCUUAGGACGUUUUACGGUCUGGGAGCGCGAUAUCUUACUUUGACACAUGCGUGCGACACUUCCUGGGCAGUCUGUUCUGUUGGCGAGACGAACAACACUCAGGACUCCACGCCAGGCCUCAGCGAAUUUGGGAAAGCAGUUGUCAGGGAAUUGAACAGGCUGGGCAUGUUGGUCGAUCUCUCGCAUGUCUCGACAAGAACGAUGAGGGCGGCCCUGCAGACGACGAGGGCGCCGGUGAUCUUCUCCCACAGCGCUGCCAGAGCGCUGUGCAAUUCCACCAGAAACGUGCCGGACGACGUGCUCAGAAAUCUGGCUAAGAAUGGCGGAGUGGCGAUGGUCCCUUUUUAUACCUACUUCAUAACAUGCAACAGCACCGCCACUAUAAAAGACGUUAUUGCACACAUCAAUCAUAUUCGAAAGGUGGCGGGAAUCGAUCACGUCGGGAUCGGAGCGGGUUUCGACGGGAUAAAUUUCACUCCUACGGGUUUAGAAGAUGUCUCGAGGUAUCCGCAACUAUUGGCCACCUUGCUGGAGGAUCCUACAUGGACGGAGGAGGACAUCAAGAAACUAGCCGGCCUCAACUUGCUGAGGGUGUUCGCGAAAGUCGAGCAGGUUCGUGACGAGUGGCACAGAGCGGCGGUCUUACCUGUGGAGAAGAUCAGCCCGCCGGACAACUCGGCCUGCGUCUACGGCGCGUCUUGAUCCUCUUUGAGGACAAUUGUGCCGGGAUUUGUCGACUUUGCGCGAUCGCCGAAGAUCCUGCAGGUGUCGCAGUAUUACUGGAGCCUGUAAGGACGCGUGCCCCGAAUCGCCAAAGGAUCCAUAGGUCGUUGCCGUCGGAAGAAUUUAUAGAGUUUUCUCACGAUAUGUAUAUCAUAAGAAAAUUUUAUAAAUUGUUCCGACGGAAACGAGCAGUCUACACCGAAAGAACUGCCGACUUCUACUUCAGGGACUUCCGUCGCGCCUUAAAGAGAGACGAAGAUUCAGCGCGGGAAUGCGACCGGUCCUUCAAAAUUAAUGGCGUCGAGGAUCCUUCGGAAACACCUUUGGAACGGAGAGUUCAUCUGCGAAUCGUCGUUCGAAGGAAGAUCUCGAACGCCGAUAAAAAGCGACAGUAAAUUGCGAUCGCAUUUGAGGAACAAUUAUCCGCCACUUAUAAACACCACUUAUUUUUGUGAUAUUGGACACAAAUUAGUAACCUCAUGAUGCUAAAGAAAGAUUAAUGACUGUUUCUAACUCAGUGCACUUCUUCCGCGCGCUUGCAAAUUAUUCGGCAUAAUUUUUCGAUCAUUUGUCAGGCAUUUCCGUCCAGACUUCAAACUUGGCUUUAUAAUCCGGACACUUUUUCAUUAUUUUUCAAUUUGCAUCACUAACACUACGUUGAAACGUAUGCUUUUACAAUAUGCAGUGCAAUACGUUCUAUCUUAAAAUAAAUAAUAAUAAAAAAUACAGAAAACAUGAAAGUUUAAAAAUACAAAUCGCAAUUUCAUAAUUUUACUUUAUAAGCUGGAGUUUUUAACUCAACAAAGUUUACAAAAAAAUAUUUGUGACUCAGUUUACACAAGUUAUUUUGCAAAUCGCAAAGGCGAUCGGAAGGAUUCUCGAAAAAAAAUGUUAUUGAAAGAAACGAGAGGUCAUAUUCUCAGCGUACAUUUAGUACUGACUAUGGUCGACUGAUUCUCAUAUCAUGUUUCCAACACGUGUAACAAGAUCUUCACGUAUUAAAUUAAUAAAGAAUAGAACCAGGUAGCCAUAUUUGGCAUUAAAUGUGCAAGAGUACGGACAAAUUGCAUGUGACAAUUAUACGUGAUUAAUCUAAUAAGAUUUCUUGCGUUUUAAAGCCGAAAUACAAGUAGUUCGAAUGGAGUACACAAUUAUCAUCUCAGGCGUUACAUUUAUAUCGUUCUUUACACUGCGACCAAAGAACGAUCGUAAAUGGCAUCACUGUCACACACCAAACCAAAGAGAUAAAUCGUACUUUUAUAAUUUUUAGAUGAAUUAACGAUACUAUACAAUAUUGAAGAUAUCCUGCGCGUCCUAAGAAAUAUUUGAAUUCAAUCUCACAUUGUACGAGUAAAAAUUUAUAGAUAUUCAUACUGCCUGUACAUUUCUGUAAAUUUAUUUUUAUUCACACAUACACUUAUACAUACGUCUCUCUUAAAAACAAUCAUAUCUCAAAAAAAUCUUUUCUUCAAAAUUUGCAUGUUUUCUUUUGCAUUAUUAACCUAGUUGUAAAAGUUUUUUGGAAUUAUCCAACGAAUUAAUUUUAUAAAUUUUUUUUUUAGCAUUUUGCAUCUAAUUUUUUCACAAUAGGAAGAAACAUAAAACAAAAUUUUUCACCUUCCUUAAUUUGUAUUAUUAAAUAGUAGAUAAGCAUUGAACAAAAGCUUUUCUUAAAAUUCACUUAAGAUUAAUUGUAGGACUAAGAUUUCGUUACUCGUUUGUACUUGUCAAAGAUAAUAUAUGAAAGAUUAUUCAUAUCCAAUCGCUUAUAAUUGAGAAAUUAUUGAUAUACUGAUAGUUUUUAAGAUGACUCUAAAUUUGUCAAUGAAUUCGCCAUCAGUGGUGUUUGUCAGUGUAAUUUUGAAACGCCCUAUACAUGAAUAUCGAAUCAGACAAGUGCGCUUAUGAUGUGCGAUAAUGAAUCUCCAAAGGGAGAAUUGAGAGAGAUACUAAAUUUCUAAUGAUUAAUUAAAAGUUCGAAGGUAGCUCCCACGCGUCAAUAAAAAGAAUUAAAAAUGGAAAAAAAACAAAUCGCUCGCUCCAUAGCGAGUUCCUUGUAAUUGAUAGCAACGCAACGAAGCAAAAUUUCCUGUUAAUCUCGCAUCGAUUCCAUUUUAAUAUUAAAAGAAGAAUUGAGAGAACUCGCUACUUUCUGUAAGGUACACAAACUCAACACUUGUUCAGAUCGCCGCGCUAUCAAUAAAGGCACAACGCUUCUAACUGAAUCGCAUCGCCAAAGAAUAUCGUCUAUUCUCGAAAUCUGUUAGACACGCCGCUUGAUCACGCUUACGAGUGCGUACGUAGACCAACUCGUUGCCGACAUUAAACUCACUGCCAGGUCACACUUAUAUACAUAUAUAAAUACCUUGACUCACAUCUGCGACAUUUUCAGUUUCGAAAACGUAUCGACGUUGAGUUGACAAUUGAAUUGGUAAUUAAACGGAAUUUCUUAUGAUAAUUUGCAGCCGACAUACACUUCGACAUAUCCGCAUAGACAAGUUUCUCAAAGCGUAAUAAAUUAUACGGCUAUUACGCUACCUCGCACAAUUUCGCUCGAGAUCCAUCGCUAUACUUGCUGCUCCGAUUGCACGAAUCGUCGUCCUGAAUCGUCCUACAGCCACAAGUGCUUUGAGAAACAAAACGUUGAUUUAACAAGUCACUUGCAACGCGUAACGCGACCUAUACUCUUCGGAAGCUAUCGCUAAUAUACGAUAAGCCGUUUGUUUUGAAAAUGGCGUGUAACAGUUUCUAAAGGUAGGAACUUGUAGCGGCAGAUUGCACGAAUUUGUAGCCCAGAAUUUAGGGUUUGUCCAAACUUGGACUUACGCCACUUUCAAAAUAACCAAGUACGACCAAGAACUCCUGGAUGCGUCGCGAAUAGUUUCGUGACUACUCUCAGGGCUGUGAUAUUUUCCGCGGGCCUCGUGAAACAUUUCGUGCUUCCAUCUCAAACAAAAAAAGAAUAAUAAUAAUAAUUGGAGCGCGUCGCAGAAAGGAGAAAAUGUAUCGGCGAAGAGAAUCGCGUUUAUACGAUUGUCGAAGACGUGGGUACGUUACGCUACAAUCCAUUGAAAACGAUAUAAUAGUCGGUUUAGCUACACGACAGGAUACCCGUUGACAGAACAGAAAAAAA